AUGGCAAAUCACAUUGACUUGUUGCCAGAAGACAUUUUGCUCAAAAUGGUUGUCGAGAAGGUAGCUACUAGUUCUUUUGUCAACUUUUUCAACAUGCAAGCCACCGAUACACGAUUUCGAAAACUCAGUAAUAACCCCGAUGUUCUGAAAAAAGUUAGUUUCGAGGAUUAUCCCAAGAUCUUAUGGGAACCAAACCAAAAUAUAUUGCAUUUUUUGAAACGCUUCGAGGUAAGCGGAAAUCUCGAAGUCUUGUUCAGUCAAGGCUUGCGUGAAUUUUUUGAUUGGCCAGUUGGAAAUAUUAGCGGUCUCCGUAAAUUUAAGAUUGCUGCCGAAAGUGGUUACAAACCGGCGAAGUAUGUGUAUGGAAUGAUAAAGUUAUGUUCUGAAAAUAACGAGUCAAGGAAAGAAGGGAUUGACCAUACAGAGUCGGGGGACAUAGUUGAUUGCGUUGAUAUUAGUAAACAACCAGCUUUUGAUCAUCCUUUAUUGAAAUAUCAUAAGUUACAGAGAAAACCAAAUUCAGAAAGAAUAAUUACCGAAACAAGUGUAAAGAAUUCUUCAACCAAAUCUGUCUAUUGGCUUGAGAAUGUUCGGUGUCCAAAAGAAACGGUUCCUAUUCGAAGGAUAACCAAAUCUGAUCUUAUUAGAGGCAACUCUGUAUUCAAUGAUCAUAACCUAAUUCAAUCCAUUGUUCAUGAAGCUUAUGUGACCAAUUCAGUAGUGCAAGAUAUCCAUGGAAUUAAGGGAACUACUAGUAUUUAUAAUCCAAAAGUUGAUAAGGGUCAAUCAAGUGCAGGUCAUUUAUUCAUUCAAAAUGCUUUUGAAGAUGCUACUAAUAAAAUCGUAGUUGGUUGGCAUGUAUCUCCAAAUUUAUACAAUGAUGAUCAUUCAACUUAUUUCUACUCGUUAUGGACAUCAGAUAAUUUCAAAAGUACGGGAUGCUACAAUAUGUUAUGCAACGGUUUCGUUCAAACAGACACAUCAUAUUACCUUGGUUCACGUAUACGUAAAACAUCUACCUAUGAGGGAGAGAUGAUUGAGAUGCAAAUUUCUCUUAAUAAGGAUCCAAAAACCCAUAAUUGGUGGUUGACAGUGGCAGGUAAGACAAUUGGAUAUUUUCCAGCCGCUUUAUUUCCCAACAUGGAUAAACUUACCGGAAUAGGAUGGGGUGGGUUAACAUUAACUCCGGCGGGUACUACUAGUCCUCCAAUGGGAUCCGGACAUUUUCCUGAUAAAGAUUUCAUUCAUGCGAGUUAUUUUAGAGAUGUUGGAGUUCAAGUUGAUGAUUCUGGAAAAUAUUACCAACCAAAUGGAGAUGGAUACUCUGAAAAAUUUAACUGUUAUGGUGUUGAAUACUAUGGAGAUCAAGGAGAAGAAUUUGGGUAUUCUCUUCAAUUUGGAGGACCAAGUUGCAACAAUUAA